AUAAAUUGGACUCAAUUCUUUAUUUAUUCUUGACAAAUUGUAACAUGAGCUAUGUUUAUGAGCAUUAUAUAGAAGUGUUCUGUUUAUAAGUUAGUUUGUGACAAUGGAAAUAUAGUUCUGUGAUUUGGGAUAUAUUCAUCAAAUGAGAAGACAAGAACUCUGGAUAUUAAGUGAUCAUCUCUGAUUUAAAAAAAAAUGAAAGUAGAAGGCUUCUCUACACUUCUCGUGAUUUUCAGCUCGUUCAAGGUGUGUGAGGUACACUGCUCUCAGAAGAUGAAGAAUAUGUCGAAUUUAUUAGACGGGCUAUUGCAUGGAUAUGAUAAAAGAGUCAGACCAUAUUCUAAAAGUGGACCUGUAACAGUGAAUGCUGAUAUUUUAUUACGAUCCAUGGGACCAAUAUCUGAACUAGAAAUGUCGUAUUCGUUAGAUUGUUAUUUUCGUCAGACGUGGGUGGACAAAAGAUUAUCGAUGAAUAUAUCCCUAGAAAACGUAUCACUGGGUAUUAAAAUAUUGGAACGAAUAUGGCAUCCAGAUACCGUCUUUUAUAACGGUCAUAAUUCCUAUCUCCACAUCAUUACAACUCCUAAUAAAUUUCUCAGAAUCAGUCCAGAUGGUGGGAUUCUAUACUCUCAAAGGUUAACAAUUCGAGCUAAUUGUAUGAUGAAUUUAAAGAAAUUUCCUCUAGAUGUUCAACAGUGCCCACUACGUAUUGGAAGUUUUGCUUAUUCGACGGCUGAUGUAUUCUAUAAAUGGCGAGCCAAGCUGACGUCACCAGUUGAUAUAUAUCCUCAUCUGACCCUGUCUACUUUCGAUUUAAUUGGCUACCCAAUGACCAAUUACACAGAUAUUGUAAAAGGAGAAUUACAUUCCAUAUUAGCUGUGAAGUUUUAUCUACGACGUCAUGCUGGUUAUUUUAUUAUACAAGUGUAUGUACCCUGUGCCUUAUUGGUUGUCUUAUCCUGGGUUUCGUUCUGGAUCAACAGAGAAGCAACAGCCGAUAGAAUAGCUUUAGGAACGACAACUACGUUAACUAUGACCAUAUUAGGUAUAGAAAAUAGAAACGAUUUUCCAAAAGUAUCCUACAUUACCGCCUUAGAUCUAUAUAUAGCCGUGUGUUUUGUGUUUGUUCUUUCAACAACUGUAGAAUUCGCCAUUGUGCAUUCUUUUACCAAAUAUGGCACUGGAGAACCAUUGUUACCAGAAUCUACUGAUGAUGAGGAAAGUGAAGAGGAAAAUAUGAACUUAUCAGGAAAAUGUGAUUUAGAAGUUUUAGAGAUGGAGAGAAUGAAAAUAGAAGGACAUAACAAAAGACGUUCUAAAAGUUUUUUGGCGCUGCUGUGUCAGUGUUUAACUGGUACAAAAACUGGAUUUAAUCGCGUGAAAACUGGAACCGUGGGGUUACACGAUCUUAGCAACAGUGUUAGUCAAAUUGAUAAAGUGUCGCGUGUGCUAUUCCCGGUAGUAUUCAUAGUUUUAAAUCUUAUUUAUUGGUUCGCCUAUAUGCCAUAAAAAUAACUAUACUCGUCUGGAUCAAUGUUACUUCUAAACGAGACAAUUUGAAAAAAUGUAAAUUGAAGAGUCCAAUAAAAGAAAGGCGUGUCAGAGGAACGGAAACGCAUUAACUUAACAACACAAUUGAAUGCAACAUUGACAGUUGAAAUUUAUUAACUCAGAUGAAACUCGAUAUGGGACCUCGCGGAAAAGGUCAUCAGCAAAUGAUGAAAAUGGAUAGGACUGACAUUGAUUUGGUGGCCGUGACCUGCUACCAAAAAUAAUUGCAUGUGUCUUUUUAUUAUGAGUUGAAAUUGAAGCAAACUUGAAUCGUUUAUGGUCAUGUUUCCUGAAUAAAAGUAGAAAAGUUGUAAUACUGGGCGAUAACCGGCAAAAAUACGACAUGGCUUUAGUUUCU